AUGGAUCUAGUAACAAAUCUCACAAACUUAAUUGCAACUCCAACAAUCCUUGCAAUCCUCUUAUUCCUUCUCCCGCCUCUCUAUCUCUACAAAACGUUUCUUUCUUUCUUUUCUUCGCUUUUCCCCGAAAACAUGUCCAACAAGGUUGUUCUCAUCACCGGUGCCUCCUCCGGCCUUGGCGAGCAAAUGGCUUAUCAGUAUGCUAAGAAGGGAGCCAACAUGGUUUUAGUGGCAAGAAGAGAGAACUCGCUAAAAGAGGUGGCUGAAAAUGCGAAGGCUCUUGGAGCUCCCGAUGUUCUGCAUAUUCCCGCUGAUGUUGCAAAGCCCGAAGACUGUCGAAGGUUUGUGGAGGCUACCGUUAGCCGUUUUAGCCGAUUGGACCAUCUUGUGACUAAUGCAGGCAUUGUCAAUCUUUGCGCGUUUGAAGAAGUUACUGAGAUCACCAAUUUUAAUCAGAUUAUGGCUAGUAAAGCUGCCAUGAUCAGCUUCUAUGAGACUCUGCGAGCUGAGUUUGGGCCGGAGGUGAAGGUCACUAUCGCAACACCAGGUGGUUGGGCCCAGCUCGGCCCGUUCCCUGUGUGGCAUAAGGAGAACUGUGCGAAGGCCAUAGUAGAUGCAGCGUGCCGCGGUAACCGCGUGAUGACUGACCCCACAUGGUUCCGGGUGUUGUUUAUGUGGAAACUGUUGGCACCGGAGGUGAUGGAGUGGUUUAUGCGUAUGCUGUUUGUGCCCGGACCGGGGAAAUCUCAUGAGGAAACCUGGAACAAGUAUAUGUUGGAUAUAACAGGGUCUAAAAGUGUUAUUCACCCUCCUGCUGUUCAAUCUGGCGAAGUGAAGCAGGAUUGA